AUGCACAAUUCUGGCCAAAAACCAGAUUCGCCAAUCUAUAAAGGGCUUGUUAAGCCUGAUUCUGCCAAGAUGAGUGAAAACAUGGCAGGAGAGUGUAGAGAGGCAUUGUUGAAGAGGAAUAGUUACUACGAGAAUUGCCCAGGAUGUAAGGUUGAUCAACUCAAAGAGUUGAAGAAAGGAAUCCCAUUUCGUGAGAUUGCUUCAAUUUGGAUCAUUAGAGAUUUUGGUAUUGCAAAACGAGAGGAAGACAUUGGCUACUAUGCCGGAUAUGUCGGUGAGCUUGAUUUCCAGGUCAUCUUCAAUGGUCUCUUUGGACUUAGCGUAAAUUUUUGGAUGGCCAUUAUUACAAGGUUUCUCCUUGGAAGCUUGAAUGGUAUACUUGGACCAUUAAAGGCAUAUGCAGUUGAAAUUUUCAGGGAAGAACACCAAGCUUUAGGAUUAUCAACAGUUAAUACAGCAUGGGGUAUAGGACUGAUCAUUGGCCCAGGUCUAGGAGGUUUCCUCGUGCAGGAAACAUUACAUAAGCAUGACGAAAAGAAGAUUUCAAGCAUUGAUUCUUAUGGUGUUGUGGAAGCUGCGAAUGGCACAAACCGCAUAAUAUCUGAGGGAGAUGAAAUAAGAGCAGACGAUGAAGAAAGAAAACAAACUUCUAUGGCAAGUCUUCUAAAGAAUUGGCCUUUCAUGUCAUCCAUCAUUGUCUACAGUGUUUUCUCACUUCAUGAUAUGGCUUACUCAGAGAUAUUCUCAUUAUGGGCUGAGAGCUCUAGAAAACUUGGAGGCCUGGGCUAUACAGCUGGGGAUGUUGGGGUAGUUCUGUCAAUCUCAGGUCCUGUCCAUACCCCUAUUGGCAAGUUAUCCUUUUAUAGCUAUGUCGUCAGGGCUCCGUCUCAGCUUAUGUCAAUUACAACUAGCUUGAUUAUUCUGCAAAACAAUGCUGUGGAUCAGAAGCAAAGAGGAGCUGCUAAUGGCAUUGCUAUGACAGCGGUGUCUCUUUUCAGAGGAAUCGGUCCAGCAGGAGGCGGUGCUUUAUUAUCUUGGGCACAAAAGCGGCAAAAGGCUGCAUUCCUUCCAGGUAUGAUAUUCGACGAUUUCUGCUUUCCUAUAAAUCAGCCUGACCUUUUAAUAUCCUAG